CUGAUUUUAUUUCAGAACUUCACGUGGUAUCAAAAAGUGGCAAUUCUUCCUCUUUGCGAUGGGAUCGGCAGAGUUCCUAUACAGUAUCCAUGGAAUGAUGGUGGUGUUGUGAUGAAGAACUUGCAAACACUCCAUGAGAUUCCUCUGAUUCUUUCGUCCUGGCCUGGUGAUAACUCCAGCCUUUUCGAGAACUUCAUCAGAGAUAACUUCAAUGCUGACGAUGCGGAUCUUCUAUCUCAGGUGAUGAUUUUGGCAGUCGAUCGUGACAAAGAACGUACGAAGGAAGACAUGCAUAUAUUCGCCAAGUCUAUAUAUGCUAUAAGGCAGACAUCCCAUAACUGGGAGGAAAUGUUAAUCGAUUCAGAGAGGGAAAAUGGGGCUGGGAUUUGUGAAGAUGCCAAAAUGGAGAACGAAAAGUUGUCGACUAUUUCACGAUCUCAUGAAGGACUCACUGUGAAGGACUCUUCGGACACCAUGUUCAGCAAGAGCCACUUCUGGCACCGAUGUCACUGCGCCCACUUCUGA